UCCUGGAGAGGGAGGAGAAAGGGCUACACGGAGGGAUAUGCUGCACUUAUUCUGCUCAAAAUCCGACCCGGAUAAGCUCUCUUGUAUAAUUUAGGAUACAAUGAAGUGUCCUUAGUAGCUCUGUGUAAUAUUGUCGGCGAACAGGAAAAAAAAGGAGCUUGCUGAAGUGCAGACGUUCCUCCGAGUUGAGUUUAGCCCGCGGUACGCUGGAGCCAGCGCUGUUUCUCUCAGAGAAAAAGACGGGUUCAGCAGAGAAAGACCUGAGAGGAAACUUUGUGCAAAAUGCAGGGGGUUUCAGCGACGGACCUGCCUGCCUCUUCUGUGCAGUACCCGUGCAGAUCAGUGGACUACCUGUGUUCUCCUCGGCUGGUAAAGAAAGAUCCCGCCCCCAGACCAUGUCACGACAGGCCAGCCAUCAAACCGCGGCCCCAACCUUCCACCUCAUCCAGACCCCCAAUCGCACAGAAACCUCAAGUGCCCCCUAAACCUGCGCACCUGCUCGCCCUCGGGCAAGACAAGAAACCUAAGAGGAUCCCCCCUGCGCCCUCAAGACCUCUACCAGCACCCCCACCUCCACCUAAACCAAAGCCUUGUCUAACAUCCCCUGGUCUGGGAACACAGCCUCUAAGAGAGGCCCAGAAGGUUGGACUGCUCAUUGAGAGGUUUGAAAAUUCAAGAGUCCCCAUCCUGGGGGUGCUCCCACGGUCACAGCUGCACCUGUGCCUGACAAUGGACACUGCAUCUGACAUCCCUCCCCCCUGCGGCCCAGACACCACAUCACAGGUUGCAGGGGACUCCUCUCCUGUGGACAAACUUGCACUCGGCACCUCUGACCAGUCCGAUGAAGUCUCUGAACUUUCCCGUCUGGCUUCCAUGCACAUCAACGCUUCAGACGAUGCUAUGCUGGACAACUGCGUGGAGGAUGACAUCACACACAGGGUUGACUGCCUCAAUGAUGCAAAGCGAGAUGACAGUUCUUCCCAUAAACUCCUGGACAAUCCUGACUCUUCAGAACAGAAUGGGAAGAUUCCCAACAGGGACAGCGGCAUCGAUAGCCCGUCGUGCGCCGCAGAAGGGGAGGUGUUCCCCAAUGAGGAUGCCAUUGAUGAGGAGGAUCAUUACGACAGCGUGACUGAAACAGAGAGUGUAUCUUACUGUGUUACCCUAGAAAACAAGCGAGACUCAACACAGGAUGAGGACAGUGACUUAGAUGAGGGAAGCAGUGGGGAGAUACACUCUCUGACAGACACACAAACUGGUUAUCUGACAGAUACACACUCAGAGGCGCACAAAUGCUCAGAGGCUCAGAAACUCCUGAACAUCGCCAAAGAGCUUCUCCACACUGAAGAGGCCUACGUGAAAAGACUCAACCUGCUUGACCAGGUAUUUUGCACUAAGCUCACAGAGGCUGGAAUCCCUCAGGACGUCAUUACAGGGAUCUUCUCCAACAUUUCUUCCAUAUACUGCUUCCAUGAUAAAUUCCUGUUACCUGAGCUCAAGACACGGAUUACUGGAGAAUGGAAUUCAAACCCCCGCAUUGGAGACAUCCUUCAGAAAUUGGCUCCCUUCAUGAAGAUGUAUGGAGAAUACGUGAAGAACUUUGACCGAGCUAUGGACUUGGUCAACACCUGGACACAAAGGUCUUCGCAGUUCAAGAGUGUUGUCCAGAACAUACAGAAACAAGAUGUGUGUGGGAACCUGACGUUGCAGCAUCACAUGCUGGAACCGGUCCAGAGGAUUCCCCGCUACGAGCUGCUGCUUAAAGACUACCUGAAGAAGUUGCCUGAUGAUGCUCUUGACAGAAAAGAUGCAGAAAAGGCACUGGAGUUGAUCUCUACUGCAGCCAACCAUUCAAAUGCAGCCAUAAGGAAAAUGGAAAAGAUGCACAAACUGUUAGAGGUUUACGAGAGGCUUGGUGGGGAGGAAGACAUAGUUAACCCUGCCAACGAGCUCAUCAAAGAAGGACACAUCAAGAAGAUGUCAGCCAAAAAUGGAACAGCACAAGAUCGAUACCUCUACUUGUUCAAUAAUAUGGUGCUAUACUGUGUGCCUAAACUCCGACUGAUGGGACAGAAGUUUAGCGUCAGAGAGAGAAUUGACAUUGCCGGCAUGGAGGUGCAGGAGAAUGUGAAGCAAAACCUUCCUCACACGUUUGCCAUUAUUGGUAAACAGCGUUCAUUGGAACUGCAAGCCAGGACAGCAGAAGAGAAGGAAGACUGGAUUCAGGUGAUCAAGGCCACCAUUGAACGGCACAAACAAAACAGCGAAACAUUCAAUAAAGCUUUCAACAGCUCCUUCUCCCGUGAAGAUGACCAUCUGCCUGAGUCACCGGCACCCUGGUCCAACACUUCCAUAGACUCAGACAGUGAAAGGCUACAUGAAAGGAAGAGUUCCAGGAAAAAGGAGAAAGAGAAACAAACGUGCAAAGGCUGUAAUGAGAGCUUCAAUUUCACCAAGCGCAAACAUCACUGCAAGUCCUGCGGAGCGGCCAUCUGUGCAAAAUGUUCAAAGACCUUGGACAACAAAACAAGCCGAGUGUGUCCUGAAUGUUUCGAAGCCAGCCUCAGUCUGGAGAAUCUCUGUGGUGGUGAACAGAGAAGAAAAGCUGCACCUGAGAGGCAGACGUCUUUAACAGGAGAAAACUGCUUGCUGAGUGGCUACCUCCAAGUGCAGGAGAAGGGGAAGAGUUGGACCAAGAUGUGGGUGGCUGUAACCAAGACUGAGCCACUAGUGCUGUACUUGCAAAGUAGUGGACAGGAUUCCAAAGGGUCGCGGACAGUAUCCCUCCCUGGAUUCGAGGUGAGCAUGGUGCCAUCUGCAACAGCUGAAAAGUCAGACAUCAAGCACGUGUUCCGGCUCAGUCACACCCAGCAAAUGUUGCUCUUAAGUGCCCAAGAUGCAGAACUUCAGGCCAAGUGGGUGGACAUCCUUUCAAAAGCUGCUCGUGGAGAAGCACCCGCAGAGGCAUCAAUGAGCCUGACUGAACACAGGAAGAGCCAGUAGUGGCCAUGUUGCAGCCACAGGACCCCCCACACUCCCUCUUUCCUGUGUACAGAGCACACAUUACUUGAAUUAACUGUACCUUGGCACUUUUUUUUCCCUCCCUUUUAAAGGACCACUUAAUUCUUCCUAUGCCAAUUCAAUCUUAUCCUCAGACCACACAGCUACGUCCCUCUCUCUGCCUUUUUGUCAAACACACAUAAACCAAGCCACCAAUGCCACUGGUCAGGAUAUUUUAUUUCUCAGUAUUUUCAACAGCUGGAGCAAAUAUUUGAAAAACCUUUAUUUGUAAUAUAAUCGAAGAAAGUUCCUGUAUGAUGUUUUUUCUUUCUUUUUUGUAAGAUAAAGUUCUUGUACAUUAUCCCAUGUUGUUGUGAAGCAUUAGCUUUUACCUGUCUGUCUUUUCAUUAGUAUGGAGGUAUGAGUAUGUAUGUGUUUGAAUGUGAGUCUCCUUCUGUGUUUUAUUAAGUAUUGAAUGUUAGUGUAAGAAACCCGAGGCACAUCUCUGGUGUUUUCACUCCUGCUGGGGACACAGUGGUGGUUCAUUGGGUCUUGUACAAUAUGUAUACUAUGGUUUGAUGUAAGGAAGCAAAGGAAAGUGACAUUUAACUUAAAAAGACAAAGAAAAUGUGUAAUUUGUGGCUGGCCACCUGAUGUUCCCAGUUAUAGCACCCAUCUUACAAACCCUGUCCUUUUACCCUGAAGUACAUUGGUACUGAUUCCCUCUUUAUCAUUGUUGCUGGAGUCUGAAACCUGUAAUCUAAGUUUGAUCCACCGCAUUUCCACUUUUGUUGUGACUUGUCAGAGCCAGAAUGGGAUCGCGUGGCUGCAGUUCUGACCCCGUUCUACAGGGUCAGGUUCAAUAUCUCUUUUCGUACAUGUGCUAAAUAAACCCUUCCUGUUUAGUUCCGUGUCUCAGCAUAGCAACCCGCUUCUCUCCCUUCAGUGAUGUCAUGGAAACCAAGUACUGUACUGAAAAGCUGUUUAUUCUGCCUUGCCCCCUAUACCCUUCUCCUGUCAGCACCAGCCUUUAAAGAAAACUAGCAAAUAAACUUGUCAUUGAAUCUUUUUGUGCAUGUAAAUUCACCCAUAUUUAUAUACAGUGCUAUGAAAUCUUGCAGUUGUCCCUCCUUUUAUGCUCCAGAAUUCAUGUUGUACUGUAAAGUGAGCAGAGUCACCACUAAGUGUUUUUAAACAUGGAUUGUGCACAGUGGAAAACUAUUCAAGCAUAUCAUCAAUAAACAAAUGUGGCUCAUUUGGCGCCACACUGUCCAAUAAAACCUUCA